GCAAAAGUCAAGUGGUAAUAUUCCAAAAUAAAAUAAAGUCUCACUUCAUUUCCAUUUUCCAGAAUUUCAAAGACUCGCGAUUGUUCCGCCUACCCUCUUCUUGAAGGUCAUUCCUCUCAAAUUCGCAGUAGCAGACUAGCAGCAGAAAAGAUAGAGAAAAAUGUCAGUGCAAGAGUAUUUGGACAAGCAUAUGCUUUCUCGGAAGAUCGAGGACGCCGUCAAUGCCGCUGUUAGGGCCAAAACCAACGAUCCCGUCCUCUUCAUCGCGAAUCAUAUGUUGAAAUCGGUGCAAUCAGUGAUAACGAAGGUGAAGGCGAGGCAGAUCCUUGAUAGCAGAGGAAUUCCUACAGUUGAAGUUGAAUUAUCUACUAAUAAAGGCGUUUUUCGUGCUUCCUCUCCUAGCGGUCCUUCUUCUGGAAUGUUUGAAGCCAAUGAAGUGCGUGAUGGAGACAAAGGGAUUUAUCUGGGAAACGGUGUAACUAAAGCUGUGAAAAAUAUAAACGAGAAAAUAUCUGACGCAUUGAUUGGCAUGGACCCUACUCUUCAGUCCCAAAUUGACCAAGUCAUGCUUGACUUAGAUAAGACAGAGAAGAAGGGAGAACUCGGUGCAAAUGCGAUAUUAGCUGUCUCAAUAGCUGCUUGCAAAGCUGGAGCUGCUGAAAAAGAGGUUCCUCUCUACAAACAUAUUGCUGAUAUUUCUGGUGGGACCAAUACAUUGCUUCCAGUUCCUUCUUUCACAGUUCUCAGUGGUGGUAAACAUGCUGGAAACAAUUUGGCUAUUCAGGAAAUUAUGGUUUUGCCUGUUGGUGCCAAGUCAUUUGAGGAGGCAUUGCAGAUGGGAUCAGAAACUUAUCAUCACCUAAAGGCUGUUAUUACAGAAAAGUAUGGCGUGAAUGGAUGCAAUGUUGGGGAAGAUGGUGGCUUAGCUCCAAAUAUUUCAAGUGUGAAAGAAGCCCUGGAACUAGUCAUGGAGGCUAUUGGUAGAACUGGACAUAAUGAGAAACUAAAGAUUGCAAUUGAUGUUGCUGCAACUGAGUUUUGCAUAGGAACAAAGUAUGAUUUAGACUUCAAGACCCCAAAUAAGUCAGGGCAAAAUUUCAAGUCUGGAGAGGAUAUGAUUGAAAUGUAUAAACAACUUUGCGCUGAUUACCCAAUUGUCUCAAUUGAGGAUCCGUUUGACAAAGAAGAUUGGGAGCUCACAAAGUACUUCUCCACUCUUCAGACUUGCCAGGUUGUCGGGGAUGGUUUAUUGAUGUCAAAUCUAAAACGUAUUGAAAAGGCCAUUCAGGAGUGCACUUGCAAUGGUCUUCUUCUCAAGAUUAAUCAGAUUGGGACAGUCACGGAAGCUAUUGAGGCUGUGAAGAUGGCUAAAGAUGCUCACUGGGGAGUUGUUGUGUCUCACAGGAGUGGUGAAACUGAGGAUACUUUCAUUGCCGAUUUAUCUGUUGGCCUUGCUACUGGUCAGAUCAAAGCUGGGGCACCUUGCAGAGGGGAGCGCCUAUGCAAGUAUAAUCAGUUGCUCCGGAUUGAAGAACAACUUGGUGACCAAGCCAAUUUUGCUGGUGAAGGAUGGAGGGUUUCAUGACCAUCUUUAACUCAUGCCUCAUCAGUCAUCAUCUGAUUGUUUUGUGUCUAAAAUUUUGGUUUUGUAAGCAUAUACCCCAUGGUAGUAGAGCCUUGUAUUUUUCUGUUGGAGUUGUUAUGCCUUUUCUUUCAGUCGCUCUCUUUACAGCCUUUUUUUUGUUUCUAGUGUCAAAUGAAAUGACCUUUAAUCUAGAUAUGCAUUUUUUCCGUCUUGUCAUGCAACUUUUAUAGCGUAACAUUGUAAAUUGAGUUUUACUUUGAUUUUCA